CCUACAGGAAGUUGCCAGAUUAAGACAUAAAGUAAUUAGCCAAGGAGUCAGCAUCUAUAUUGUUCUUCAUAUCGGUGAUAUUAACGACAUUCGAUUUUACCACAACAACUAAUCAGAUGACAAUAUUGGUUGGUGGCAGCAGGUUCAGCCUGUUAAAACAUCUGCUGCUGUUAUCUCUUUUUACUUGCAUUGAUGACAGCGAGGAAACCACCCCUCAACAAGUGGAAGGGAAAAAGGGUGACAGUGUUACCCUGAAUUGUUCUUUUACCAAUGAAGUUGGAUACAUUCUCUUACUGAUUCGGACAAAGAAAAUCACAUUUUGUUCAGAGGAAAAAUGUGAUUGUCAUAUAUGUCAAACAGGGCCAUGUGACAUGACCCUAAAGGACCUGAUGUUCGAUGAUGCUAGCACAUACACUUUGAAUGUCUAUCGCAAUGAAAAGAGUGAAACAGUGCUGCAGCCUGUCUCCUUUACUUACCGACUUCAUAUUCGUGAUGACAUCUCUUUAAAUGCAGGCGAUAAUUUGACGUUGGGUGUGCUGCUGCCUGAGGCAGUUGAAGUGCGACAUCAUCAGCACAUUGAACAUGAAGUGCUGUGGAGAAAGGGUGAUAAACCAAACAAACGAGUGACUGUCAGUGAUGGGAACCUGACCAUUUCCAAUAUUACAGCAAGUGAUACUGGAACUUACAAAGUUUUGGACCAUAACAAUAAAACCUUGAUCACAGUGAACCUUGAAGUAAAUGGCACGAAGGCCUCAGAACAUCAGAAUAGCAAAGACGAGCCGCCUACCAAAAAGGAAGACACUGGUUCACGAAUAGGGAUUUGGCUGGUUAUUCCGUUUGGUUUGGUUUUUUGUGUUAUUUUAUUUUUGAUACUGUUGUCAAAGAAACAAUCUGGUCCAGUUGUCUAGAGACUGUUGAAAGCCAUAAAAAGAGCUGAUAGUUAAGUCCUGAAAUCAUUGUAGGAAUGCAUCAUUCCUGUUUACAGUAAUUCAGUGGGAGCUAGUAAAAGUCUUUUUGCUCUUCUGUAUGUCUUAACAUUGACAGAAAGUUAGGCUUUUAAAACAUGCUCCGCACCAAUCUGCCCAAUUCCUCCCUUCUCAUAUGUAAAUAGAUUAACAUUAGAAUACAUGAGAAAUCUGUGCUUAAUUCCAAAUUAUCGCAAAAAUCUCAAAUUGAGCAGAGUUAAGCCCUGCUCCCAGUCCUGUAUGUGCUUGCAGUUUAUUGCAUGUUUACAGCAAGAGUGCUGUUGUUUAAAACAAAAUAGACACAAUGCAGCGUCAAAUCACAGGAAAGUGUUCUCAGUUUUGCAAACUUGAUAAAUAUCCUUCUGGAAGCCCUUGAGACCAGCAAUGAAAUUAUGAUUUUUAUUUAUAUUAUUUGUAAUAUAAUGUAAUUGAUAUUAUAAUCACAUUAUGAUAUAGAUUAUAUUAUAACAGCCAGACAGGCCUCAUAUGGUGAAAAGUGACGCAUCACAUGCAUUUCUAACCUUAAUGGGCCAAACCCAUAAGACCUUUAGAAUUCUUCUAGUUAGAUUUCAUUGGUCCACUACCCAGAAAGGGGGGUAUACUUUUGCUGCAAAUACCAUGGCACAAGUGAUAGUGAAAGAUAGUGUAUCUUUCACUAUAAAACACAAACUAAAAUUACAUCCGUUAAACAUCACACAGAAAGUCCCCACAGGGCUCAAAGAUCUCAAAUGGACAGGUGUGAGUAGUGCCAUAAAAUGUGAAUUACUACUACUAGGCAGACAGCACCACAACAUGUAGGCUGAUAUACAUUUGCUUCAGGAACCUGAUGUUCCAAAUAUGGUCAGAGGCGUUACAUUUCCCUCACACGCUUGCAGUAUUCCACCAAUCACUACACUCUGGUGAACUGGCCAAUCACAGCACACCUCGCUUUUCAGAGCCAUGAGUUAACUUGCAUUUGAGUAUUCUGAAUUAUUAUUAUUAUGGUUAUUAAAAUAUGUUAUAUAACUGUACCAUAUUAUGCAUAAUAUUAUAUCUGGAUUUUAUAUACACAUGAAAUACAUUUAUAUGCAUACUGUACAUUUGUAUUUUAUAUGCAAUAUAUUCGAAAGAUAUUAUACACUAUUAUUGUAUGAUGUAAUGAUGUAUACCACGGGAGAAUAUGCCAGUUAAUAAAGCAAUAAGCCCCAAGAAGCAGUGGGUUACAGUGCAUUUUAUAACAGCUAAGGGCAACAAACUAUACUACAGACUGAGUAUCAGGCCCAGGUGGGAACAAACCUGGUCAAAAGAACAGCAAAGAUCCACCCACUCUGCACAGUGCCAGCUCUACAGUGACUUCUGCAGUAAUAAUUGAUACACAAAGACCAAAAAAUGCCUAUAACAAUGACCCCUUAGGGACUGCUCUGAGAUUGCCCCAGGGGCCAGGGGAGGAACUGUAAGGCAGCUGGCACAGUAAUCAACACUGGGUGUAGUUGUGAAGUUGCAACAUACAACAGGAGACACUUUGGGGGGUGUAUCAUAAAGCAAUAAAACCCACAUUCCUUUCUAGAUUCUGAGGAAAUGAUAUCCUGCUC